AUGGUAUCGAUAGUUCCUAAAAAAUGUGGAACACACUUGAUAACAAUUAUGUUUGAAAAGUAUGAAAAAGCAUUAGCAGGCUUUUGGAUAUUAAUGGGUGGGGACGAAGAAUUUUGUUAUCAAAUACUUUUCAAGUUUAUAAAACUUUUAUUUCCUUAUUUUAAUCCCAAAGUUGCAGUAGUAGAUUAUGAUCAGAAUAUACAGAAUGGAUUAAAAAAUGCUCUACCAAACAUUGACAUCAUUCCAUCUUUUUUGCAUCAAAUACAAAGUAUAUUCGAGAAUGCAAUAAGAACCCAUGCGGCAGUUAAAUUCAAUAGGACCAAGAACGCAGAAAAGCAUGUGGUGUUGCAAAAAUUUAUGGCUCUGUCACUUUUACCACGAGAUUACAUUUUAUCCAGUUUCAAUCGUCUAAUGACUGAAUGUAAAUCCAAGCAUGGAACUUAUUUUGAUUCGUUUAUUGAUUAUUACACCAAAGAAUGGUUAAACGUAUGGACACCAGAAGCUUUGAGUAUCUAUCGAUUUAAACAUUUUAUGAAGAAUUUUUUAGAAUGCUAUCAAUAUAGACUAAAUUUUAAAAUAGGCAAGGAAUUGUCUCCUCAUUUAUUUAUUGAAAAAAUAAAAAAUGUUUUAGUUAAAACAAGAUUAGAUCUUUAUUUAUUGGAAAAAGGUGAAGUUUUAAGUUACUAUUUAGUUCCUCAGGAUGAAGAGAGGGAAAGAAAAAUGUACAAAACUUGGGACAGACUAGAUAGGGAUUUUAUAACAAUGAACGAAGCGUUAGUGAUUUGUUCUAAUUUACUGAACGAAGAUUUUAUUGACUCGUUACCAGAUUCUGUAAUUGAGAAUAAAAACGCCAUAAGUGAAAGUAAUGUUUAUAGUGCGGCAUCAGAGACUCUCAGAGCUGAACCAAUAUUCAAAAAGCAGAAUACGAGUGUAUUGAAAUCUACAGAAGAAAGAAUGGUUCAGGAUUAGCACGUAAAUUGCUAGAUGACUAUAUUUUUAUAAUGAAUUUAAUGAACGAUGUGGGUCCAGUUUUAUGAUUAAAUGUUAAUAAGCCCCUGGCUCAUGCAUAACGCGAUUAACAAGGUACAUCAUUAAAGUGUUCUUGAAUGAUAUUGUACAACGUGUUAUUAAUAUUUUAUGCAUAGUUGUUGCGUAGUUAU